GAUUUGUUUUGAAUAUAUAUUUUUCUUUAUAUUUAUAUUUAUAUUGUCUUCCAAACGUAAAUUUUUAUUCGUUGACAUCUUUUUCCGCUUGUAUUUUUACAUGAAAAUAUUCGAGACAAAAGAAUGUUUCAACCGAUAGUUAAUUUGUGACGGCUAACACAGCGUCAAAUUGCUGAUGCAAUGCAAGCAAAUGAUGACGAUGAGAGUUUGGAUGCCGAUUUUGCUGACGAAGAAGAAAGUUAUAUCGAUGACCUCACCGACAGUGAAGAAGAUCAUGAAAGUAAUUUUGAAGAGGAUAGUGAGAGCGAGAGCGAGAACGAAGACAUGAACGUUGAUGAUGAAGAGGUAGAAGAAAGCACCGUGUUCACUGGCAAAGACGGAACUGAAUGGGAGCACGAGCCGGUUCAAUGGGCACGACAGCAACGCAAUCCAAAUCGAUCAAAAUUGAUGACGGUCACAAAAGUUCCUGGUCAACAUUUCGAUAGUCCUUUCGACUAUUUCAACGCAAUUUUUUCUCAGCCGACGAUAUUGAAAUUCGUGCAUUUAUUGGUUUACUGUUUGCCGCCGGUGUUGAUAGAUCAAGUAAGCGGAAUUAUCGUGAAUUCUAUGGAAUUACACGAAGAAUGCCAUUGUUUCGUGCAACAUUGUGCUUGACACGUUUCAUGGAGUUGCUACGCUUUUUACGAUUUGAUGACAAAGAUACACGUUCGGAACGGCGGCAAUAAGAUAAAUUGGCUCCAAUUUGGGACCUUUUUGAUAUGGUUGUGAAGAACCUAGAAAAAAUGUAUUCACCAGGAGAAAACGUGACUAUUGAUGAGCAGCUAGUGCCAUUCAGAGGACGAUGCAGUUUCAAACAGUAUAUUCCGAGCAAACCUGACAAAUACGGUUUGAAAAUUUUUUGGUUGGUAGAUGCCAAAAAUUGGUAUCCACUAAAGGCAAUUCCGUACCUUGGUCGAGAACGUUCUGGUGCUGCACGUCAAAUAAACAUUGCAAAAAACAUCGUUCUCAAUUUGUGUCAACCAUAUUACAAGACGAACCGAACUGUUGUGUUUGACAAUUUUUUUUCAAACUAUGAUACGCAAGCAGAGCUGCAAACAAAUGGUUUGUACAGCGUUGGUACAGUUCGUAAGAACAAAAAGUUUGUCCCGCCUGAAUUCAAACCAUCAAAUGAACGUGAAGUCGGCUCAAACUUAUUUGGUUUCCGACGAACAUGCACUUUGCUCUCGCAUAUUCCUCGACCGAAAAAAAGUGUCAUAUUUUUAUCAACUUUGCAUCGUACCGAUAGAGUAGAAGAGAAUGGCAAAGCUGAAAUCAACAUGUUUUACAACGAGUUCAAAGGCGGUGUUGACGUACUCGAUGAAUUGUGUCACACGUAUACUGUUCAGCGCAAAACAAAUCGAUGGCCGAUGGCAUAUUUCAUGAAUUUGGUGAACGUUGCUGGAGUCGUAGCGUAUGCCAUGUGGCGUACGGCCAACAACAAGCUCGAUGAUCGUGUGAAGGAAGAACGGAAGAAUUUUCUUACGCGUCUCUACAUUGAGCUCACGUAUCAACAGAUUGCCCGACGCAGUACACAAGGCCUAACGAUUGGUCAACGACAAUCAAUUAGUGAUAUUCUUGGAAAUGACACGACUGUCGUAGAGCCAUCCACAUCACGAGCUACCAAGAAGAACAUUAGACGUCGGUGCCAUAUUUGUCCACGCAGCGUUGAUCGAAAAAUCAAACAAAUGUGCGAAGUAUGUCGGAAAAAUGUUUGCAAACAGCAUGCUUACUCAAUCAUCAAAUGCAAAAAGUGUAAGAAGCAGCCUGUCAUCAAUUCUUCAGAUUCAGAAUGA